AUGGCGGGUUUGGCCAAAUUAGUUUUUGUUUUAUUUGUAAGCGUGUAUCUCGCACAAGCCAAACAUGAAGAAUACGACGGACAUUCCUUGUACGAGAUCCGUGUCAACGACUAUGAAGAAGUGACAAAGGUUAAUGAUAUUAUUGAUGAUAUGAACCUGGACAGAUGGUCCUUUGCUAUUCCCGGUCAAGAUGGUCUUGUUCUAGUUGCUGAGGGCAUGAAACCUUUGUUCGAAAAUGCACUUAAUGACAUUGGAAUAGAAUAUAAAAUUGAGACUGCGAAUAUCAAAGAAAAACUAGACCUCGAAGACAAACUCUUGGCUGAAGCUGCUAGAAGAAGCAAUUACACUAGAUCAGGAGCUGGUAUAGACCUCAAUGUCAUUCAUCGUUGGGGUGUUGUGGACCAAUAUCUCACAGACCUGGCAAGAAGAUUCCCAAAUAUCGUUCGUGUUGUGUCUGGCGGUAGGACUUUCCAAGGCCGUGACAUUAAGUAUUUAAGGAUUUCUUCAAACAAUUUCCAGACUAGCAGCAAACCAAUCAUCGUCAUACAAUCUCUCCUACAUGCUCGCGAAUGGGUGACACUUCCCGUAGCUCUCCAAGCCAUCCACAAAUUAGUCAUUGACGUCACCGACCAGGACCUAAUCAGAGAUGCCGACUGGAUCAUAAUUCCAAUCGCUAAUCCCGAUGGAUAUGAAUUUAGUCAUACCAAUAAUCGAUUCUGGAGAAAGAACCGUAGAACUGGUUUUGGUAUUUGUGCUGGAGUGGAUCUUAACAGAAACCAUGCAUUCAACUGGGGAACUGCAUCCAGCAACUCAGCUUGCCAGGAUACCUUCCAUGGUCCCAGUGCCUUCUCUGAACCAGAAACUCAAAUGAAAAGAAACAUAAUAAAUCAAUACAGAAGCCGUAUCGCACUCUACAUAGACGUCCACAGCCACGGCAGCAUGAUUCUUUUUGGCUUUGGCAACAGACAACUUCCCUCUAAUGCCUUAUUACUAAACCUAGUUGGCGUUCAAAUGGCUCAAAGAAUUGACGCAGUUAAAUGGCCUAGUCAUCGUAAUUACAGAGUUGGUAAUAUUGUGGCAGUUAUAGGAUACACAGCCUCAGGUGGUUCCAGCGAUUACGUCCAAACAAUGAUCGGCAGCCGUCUUUCUUAUACUUUUGAACUACCAGCUUAUAGAGGUCAAGGUGGCUUGAAUGGUUUCCUGGUCGAACCUGCUUUUAUCCGUCAAGCUGGUGUGGAAACUUGGGAGGGUAUCAAAGAAGGUGCCCGUUAUGUUAUUCGGAACAGACUGACUCUGAUGAAUGAUGAAAUCGCAAAUGAAUAAUUAGCCUUAUAUUACUACUGUUGGAAAAAUGUUACUUAGCAUAAUAAUAACUUUAUUCUCCUGAGGAUGACAGAAAUAAAUAGUACAAACAUUUAA